AAGAGAUUUUUAUUUUUUGACAUUAAAAAACAAAAGAACAAGAAAAUGUUUCAGUACGUAUUAUAUGGCAAUUUUUUUAUGAGUGUCUUUAAUACAUAAAAUUAAACAUUUUUACUUUGUUGAAUGUUGCUCGAGUUAACACUAUUUUAAAUGUAUUAUUAAAAUGCUGUCGUAAGUUAUUUUGCUUCCAUGACUUCGUUUUAUACCUUGGAAAUAAAUGGUUUAGUUGUCACGCUGCGCAUCACGAUUAUGAUAUUAUAAUACUUUAUUUUAUAAUAUUUGCAAAUACUGAUUUACUGUUGUUUAUGGUAUAACAAAAGAAUCAUAUUGUAUCAAAAAUAUAUAUGGGAACUGCAAUACUGUAAAGAAAUACAUAUAUAUUACAUGUUAUACAAAAAAUACAAUUGCGACAUAUUAAUCGUAUUAUUAUUAUCGGACUCGUACAAAAACAGUUUUGUGACACAAACGAGACGAAUACGAUGAAAAUCGAAUUUAAUCGCUAUUUGCCGUUUUAAAUUUAUCUUCAACGGUAAACAAAUUAGUAAUAUUUAGUGAAAUGUAUAAUAAAACAGAUAAUAUUCACACAUAAUUACAAGAUGAUAGCGUGAUAAUCAAAUAAGUGCUUGUAAGAUUGAAAAGUUUAACCGCGAUAUCCAUGUGUAAUUUUUUAUCAUUAACAAGGAAACCUGCACAGUUGUUAAUCAAUUCAAGUUACACAGUGUUUUAUCGAUCCGCCGGAAGUGGAGGAAGAAGGGAGAGUGACCUACGGAGGACGUCCUAUGGUUGCGCGCGCAUCCCUUAAGAAUAUUGUCACACGGCACACGCAAGAUGCAGACCGACGAAGAGAUUCAGUACGCGCCGAGAAGCCGGCCGGUGAGCUUUUACGAUAAUUACAAGGACGUGAUGCCGCCUUGUGUCACUUCCACCAUGAGUGUGGACAAUUUGAACCAGGUUCGUGAUGGCAAUGACACAUCCGCCGUAUCUCAAAGCAACAACAAUAAUAACAGCAUUAACAAUAGCAACAAUAACAACAACAACAAUAGGGUCAGUAGCGCCGUUAGCGCGGGCAACGUAUCAAAGAUUCACACUGCCAAAGUCACGGGUGCGGUGUCAACCGGAAACAUUGGGCGUAUUUGCCGCGGCGACAAAGAGAAGGAACUCGGUCGGGCGCCAUCGAUGGCCAACUGCUUAUCAACCACUGUUCCUGUCAAUCUGGCAGCUUCUCAAAUAGCCGGCCGACAUACGCCCACGAGAAAUUCUUUGAGGCACAGCCGGAUGAUCGUGAUGCAUCGGACCGGUCAUCGCCCGGAAAAAAUUUUACCUCCUUUGAUCUAUCAUCGACGAUUAGCUCGAUGUCUGGCGGCAUUACAGACUAUCCUCGGCGUUGCGGUGAUUUCCCUAUCAUUAUGGUUGUUGCUUUGGGCAUCACACCUGCCGGUCAUGGACAAUCCGUAUUGGAGCGGCAUGCCCCUCUUGAUAUCCGGAAGCUUCGGAAUUAGCCUUUUAUGCUGUUUCAAAAAGGAAUAUCCUGCUUUGACUUCUGGACUUUGUCUUUCCGCCACAAAGGUAGUUAGCAUGUUUUUGGCGGUCCUAGCCACCAUCGCAUGUGUGAGUGCGUGCAUAUUCUCCGCGAUGCACUUGUCACGUCUCAUGGGACUGGAAUGCACUCCGGCGCGAGUAUUAAAUGCCACGUGUGUGUGCAGACCACGAGGCGAACCACCUGAUUCGCUCGAAAAUGCAAUCAGAUACAUGGAUCUUAAUUGCCCCGAAGUAGAAAAUAUCCUAACGAUCUUGCUCAUCUUCUCGUGCACUUGCAACGGACUAGGCGCUUUGGUGUCGGGAUGGUAUAGUUAUCUCCACUGGAGCACGCGAUACAAAAGGCCAAAGUACACGCAGGUUAGGACCAAUACCAUUUCCAUGAACAAUAAAUUUAGUAGUAGACCGAUCUACAAACUGAACCUGGAGGAACGAUGAUGUUCGCAGAUGUUAUUAUGAUCAAAACGCUUCCAUUUUGUCGUAGCCCAUCAAUAUCUUCCACUAUGAUUACUAUUGCGCUCAAUUAUACUUGUGUAAAGAAAUGUGAACUGUUAUAAAUGAACUUUAUUUUGUAUUAAUUUAACAGUUGACAAGCAAAAUUAUUUUGAUAGAUGCAAAAUAUUAGAUUAUACUUUAAACACAUCAAGAGGCGCGGUCGCGUCUCGCUCUAUGUUUUUCUCUUUGAAUGAACAAAGUGAAAGAGACCAAACCUCUUUUACGCGAGUCAACGAAUUCAAGUAUAACGAGAUUAUCAGAUCUUAGCAACGGCUGAACUGUUCAAGUUCAAAGUAGUCUCAAUCGAUAGCUUGGGAAAAAUUUUUGAUAUACACGCAAGGAAAAAGUAAAAAUGUAAUCUUUACAAAGAAACGAAAAAUGACGAGCUCGAAUUGUCCUAGUAUAAAUAGUAAUUGUAAUUUUAUAAGUAAUAAAUUAAAUAUCUAUAUUAGUAUGUAAUAAAUUUACGUAUUAAGUACGUAUAUUUGUUAUACGUAUUAAUAUAUUUAUUAUUAAUUAUUGUAUUAAUGACAUAAUAAUAUUAUAAUGAUCAUAUCAAUAAGAUACGUUAUAUGUUAAUAACGCUCAUUUUUGUAUUAUGUGGAGGCUCAGUAUUUGUUUAAAUGUUAUGUGUGUAUUUAUGUGUGAAUGAGUGUUUCGGUAAUACGUUUGCCUUUCAAUAUGAAAGAUAUUUGCGAAAACGAAUGAAGACUAUGAAUUAAUUUACGUAUAUUAAGAUUAAGAUUUAUAAAUAAAUCUAGAAUACCUCAGGCAGCUACUGGAAUAAUGUAAUAUUAAAAAAUUUUGUAUUUACUUUUUGUACGACGUGUAAGCUGUGUUUAGUAAAAUAAUAUCAAUUGAGAAUGUCAUGAAUUGAUGAAAAAUAAAUCUGUGACAAGUAAAUUUAAUAUAUUAAAUUAUACACGUUAUUCUUACUGACUGCUACGUCUUAUCUUAUAAUUGCUUAAAUUAUAGGUAUAAAGCAUAUUAUGACAAAAGAGUAAAGAAAGAAAUAUUAGAAAAUGUAUGCUAUACAAUUCUAUUUGCUUCUACUAUUAAUAUAAAUUCUCUGUACUACAAUAUUGUUUUUAAAUUCAUAAAUUUUAUUUGUAUAUUCAUGAAUUAACUAAUACGUUUUACACACAUUGCAACUUUAUAAAUGUUAAUAAAAAUGCCAUUAAAAAUUGUA